AUGGCUACCGUUGGAGACCCCGAAUUGGCAGCAUAUGUGGAGAUGCACAAAUGCUGUGUAGAAGCCGAAGAAGCAGCUGUACUAGCUAAAGUCGAUGAGAUGCUCAGCACGACCCCACAUUCACAUACACACGACGCUAGUCCUGCUGAAGAUGCCCAGAAAAUCGCCGAUGAUGCUCUUGGACUCCUUUUCAACUUUGAGGAAAUCGGCGCUGAACUUGCUUUGACCAACGAUGGGCAGUUUAAGAAAGAAUGGGAUGACGCCUACCAGGAAUUUCGCAAAGGACUCGAAGAAGCUGUGAAACUUGCCGAAAUGGGAAAGAAAUACUUACUCGACUUCAACGAAAAGGUGGUAAGCCGUUUCAGUGAGGGUAACGUCGACUGGGAGAAAGACAAGGACCUGGUCGCAGACUUCGUCAAGGAAAACGGGGGAGAAGAACUAGUCAGACAAUCGAGGAUGGUUGAAGACAAGUUCAAGGAGAUCAAAUACGCCAUUGAAUGGUUCGAGAGCAUGUAUGGUGAAAAAACCGAGGAGAAGGGGGUCGCAUACAAUGCGAAGGUGAAGCAGAUUGAUCAGGAAAGAAGGAAUAUCCAAUCUCAAAUUGAGAGCAAUCGAUCCGCAUCUGCGCAACUCCAAGGUGCUAUGGGCCGUACCGCCGGUCCCGGGUGCCUUCUCGUACGGAUAGUGAGGGCCGUUAUAACGCUGCUUUUCGGAAGACGUAACCGUGUGUUCAGUGCGGCCAACAACCGAGUAUCUCAGCUCCAGCGUGAGGAGCAAGAUCUCCUUGCGCAAAGGGCUGCCGUCGAUCGACGGGCCAAUGAGCUAGUGAAAGAUGCAGCAGCGCUGACACAGACACGUCAUGCCAUGUCUGUUCUGGUCGACAACGUAGGUGAUAUGACCGGUCGACUCGGCACACUGGCGAGUUCUUGGUCCCAGAUCAAUCAACAGUUUGAGUAUAUGGGAGAGAUGCUCAAGGUUGCCACUGAUUCGAAAAGCCAAGAUACAUUCGCCAGGCGCAUGAGCAAUAUUGGAAAAUCGACUUCGUUCCUGACGGCAAACAUGGACGCAUGGACCAAGGGUAUCGCCCCUGACGGCGUACUGGCAAAGCCGAAGAAAAAAUGA